UCAACUUCCUGUGUUGUGAUAGCAACGUGGGUCAGAAGCUGAUCAUUUUUUGUACAUCUAAAGUGUUAUGUGUUUCCUUCACAAUCCAAAAUGCAGAUAUCCAGCGUCAACGAUGUGAAAAUUUACAAUUUAAGUUACGGAAAGUCUCUUCCCGAGUGGUUGUCGGAUCGGAAGAAAAGACAGCUACAAAAGAAAGAUGUUGACAUCCAACGCAGGAUUGAGCUCAUCCAGGACUUUGAGAUGCCCACAGUGGCCACCUCCAUCAAAGUGUCCCGGGAUGGUCAGUUCGUCCUGGCAGCAGGAACUUACAAACCUAGAAUUCGCUGUUACGACACCCAUCAGCUGUCCUUGAAAUUCGAGCGUUGCUUGGAUUCUGAUGUUGUAGCAUUUGACAUCCUAUCUGAUGACUACUCUAAGCUGGUCUUCCUGCACUGUGAUCGCCACGUGGAGUUCCACUCGCAGCAAGGAUUCUAUUACAGGACCCGAAUCCCCAAGUUUGGUCGGGGCUUCUCCUACCACUACCCCUCCUGCGACCUCUUCUUUGUGGGAGCCAGUUCAGAGGUGUACAGGCUGAACCUGGAGCAGGGCCGCUUCCUGAACUCCCUGCAGACUGAGGCCGCGGAGAACAACGUGUGCGACAUCAACCCUGUGCAUCAUUUGUUUGCAGCAGGAUCCUCUGAGGGGCGGGUUGAGUGUUGGGAUCCUCGUGUCCGGAACCGGGUGGGUCUGCUGGACUGUGCCCUGAGCAGCCUCGCCGAAGGAACAGAAGUUCAAGCUUUACCCUCCAUCAGUGCCCUCAAGUUCAAUGGCUCCCUCAGCAUGGCGGUCGGCACCAGCACGGGCCAGGUGCUGCUGUACGACUUACGUUCCAACCAACCGCUGAUGGUCAAAGACCACUUCUACAACCUGCCAAUUAUAUCCCUCAACUUCCACGAUCAGCUGGACCUGGUCGUCUCCGCUGACUCCAAGAUCCUAAAGAUCUGGAACAAGGACACCGGGAAGAUCUUCUCCUCCAUCCAGCCUCCGGCCAACCUCAACGACGUCUGCAUGUAUCCUAAUUCAGGAAUGCUGUUCACGGCCAAUGAAGACCCCAAGAUGAACACAUUUUACAUUCCCGCUCUGGGGCCCGCGCCUCGCUGGUGCUCCUUCCUUGACAACCUGACGGAGGAGCUGGAGGAGAGCCCGGAGAGCACGGUGUACGAUGACUACAAGUUCGUCACCCGGAAGGACCUGGAGAACCUGGGUCUGUCUCACCUGGUGGGCUCGUCUCUCCUGAGAGCCUACAUGCACGGCUUUUUCAUGGAUAUCAGGCUUUAUCACAAAGUGAAAACCAUGGCCAAUCCUUUCGCAUACGAGGAGUAUCGCAAAGAUAAAAUCCGCCAGAAGAUUGAAGAAUCCAGAACCCAGAGAGUCCAGGUUAAGAAACUGCCGAAGGUGAACCAGGACCUGGCUCUGAAGUUGAUGGAGGAGGGUGACGACGAAGCAGAAGAGGCUUCUAGGAAGAAGAAGGGCAAGGCUCUGCCCAGCCUUCUGGGAGACGACCGCUUCAAGGUGAUGUUCGAAAACCCCGACUACCAGGUGGACGAGCAGAGCGAGGAGUUCCGGCUGCUCAACCCCAUCGUCUCCAAGGUGGAGCAGAGGAGGAAGAAGAAGCUGCGUCUGCUGGCUCAGCAGGCCGCCGCUGACCAGAAGGCGGCUGAAGACGAGGAGGAGCCGGAGGGACGAGCCAGCUCGGAGGAGGAGAGCUCCGACGAUGACAAGAGCUGGGUGGAGGAAGUGAGGGAGCAGCGCAGGUUGAUAUGGCAGGAGGGCAGAGACCGCCGGCGGCAGGAGAAGGAAGGAGACCGCAGCACCGUCCUGCUGGACGAGGAACAGGACGCCUCGGACCCGGCUGAGGCCAGGAAAACCAGCCGGCCGCAGUUUUAUCAGCUCAAAGCCGGGGAGGAGUUCAGAAGUUUUAAUGACAUGGCCCGCAAGCAGAAGCUUCAGAAAGCGUCUCUGGAGGAGCGUCUGAAGAUGGAGGAACACUCUGGCAUCAGCGGCGCGGCCGACACGGCGGUGGGCAGCAAACAGCUCACCUUCACUCUCAAAAAGUCGGAGCAGCAGACGAAGCAGCAGCAGGCGGAGCGCGAGCAUCACCAGGAGAGGAAGAAGCUGCGGCGCUCGGCCGGACACCUGAGCAGCGCCCGCGGGCGGGGCCGGGGCUGGGGCCGGGGAGGAGGAAGAGGGGGAGGAGGAAGAGGAGGAGGAGGA